UCACUCCCCCCCUGAAGUCAAAACAGCAUCGGCUCGCGUUCUCACCUGUGUGAGCUCCACGAGCCUCCUCACUCCCGACACCAUGAGCAAGUCCGGCUCGCUCAAAGUCAGGAACCCGUUCAAAACAAAGUCCCCCGAGAAGGAGAACAACAAGGAGCUGAGGCGCGCGACGUCGCUCAAAGAUGCGUCGGCGACCAUCCACCGCGACGACCCGGGCACCCUGCCGACGUCCCCGGGCUUCUUCAGCCGCGGAGACAGCGCCACAUUGCCCGGCAACGUGUUGCCCAUUUCCCCGAAGAAGGGGAAGAGAAAACUGUCUCUCGGGUGGAAAAAGAAGAAGCACAAGAGCGAAGGCGGAGGAGGUGGAGGAGACGUCUUCUUUCCGGACACGAAUGAACAGGAAAACUUCAACAACCACAUGAGUUACGACCAGAUGAGCGUUUCCACAGAGUGCAGCUUCCAGCCAGAAUCCGACUGGGACUCUCACCCCGAGUACUCCUCCAUGAUCAACUUCGACAUGAGUCAGCCGAGCAACCCCAGGUCCCCCUCUAAGCUUUUCAAGAACGCGGAGGGAAAGGGAAUGUUGGACCGCUUCACCAGCCUCUUCCAAAGGAAAAAGAGUGGCAAAAAGCAACAAUCAACCAUCUCCACCAGUUCAAGUUCACCAACAUCUCCUAUUUCUCCCCGUUUCCACUCAUCCCAGCAGGAGGAUGAGCCAAAGACUCAGAUUAAUUCUCAAAAAGAUGACGAGCUGAUAGGGUCACUUUGUAUGAAAUCCAGAGCCGAGAGUGGCGACUCUCUGAGUCGGACCUCCAGCCCCAGCGCCUCCAGCGUGGUCUCUCUGAAGACCGAUGACCUGGAUCUUCCAUUUGCAGACAGCCACAGCAGCGGCAGGAGCAGCGUGAGGGAAGUGCACGUGUGCCGGGUCAGCACAGCUGGAGAUGAAGGGAACUCUGGGAAAGCAACAAGCACCGCUGUGGAKCUUGAAUCUGACACUCAGCCAGUCGUUAAUCCAUACUCAGAUUUAGACUUUGCAAAAUCAGUGGUGGAGGAAGUUAGCAAGAGGCUGCAGGUUAAUUUGAAUGAAAACAUGCCGAAUUCCAGCGAGGAAAACGUUCUUAGCCCAACAAUGCCAAUGUCUGUUAAUGUAGCAGAGACUCCGAAGUCUCCKAACUUGACCUGUAUAAGCUUAGCAUCAAAGAAAACUGAGGUGAGUGUUGGAGAAAGGGGACAUCGCACGGCUUUAARGGGAAUAACUUUGGGCUCUCGGUCAGCCACGUUACACGGCAUCACAACUCAGCAGGAAACGCACGCUCCGGAAACAGAAAGACAAGACGCGGGGGUCGGGAUAUCCACCGACAGCCUGUCUGAGAAAACUGCAGCAGCGACGUGGAGCCCUUCACCUGAGAUGCAGAAAAUGCCAAGAGCGGAUUCUCCUGUCCAAGUCCACAGAGCCAUCUGGGUGGAAACGUACCUGGGAGAGGAGCAGGAGGGGGAGGGAGAACGACUGAAACAAGAGGAGGAGCUAAGAGCCGACUCGCCGCCUGUCCUGGCWAUACCUGUGACUGUAAUACCUGAGGAUGAUUCAGUAUCACAGGAAGAGAGCCCCUUUGCCCCAUCAGAGAGUUUAUUAACCAGUGGCAGCUUGCCAGAGUCAGUCUUGGCAGCGACUUCAGAGGAGUUCCAGACAAUUUCACCGCAGCCGGCAGAGCCCACCACUGGCAUMAUCUCAACACCGGGUUCACUUCAGGAGAAAAGCACACAGAGCGAAGCUCGUGUGACGCACACGACUGUGAAUCCACCUUCGAAGAACAAAGUUUUUGCCCAGAGGGUGUUUAUUAACCCUGCGCUGAGUUUGGAAGGAGGCGAGGAAUACAUCAGAGAGUCGACUCCUGAGCCCUCAAACCCAGCAGAGCUGAARCUGGUAACAAGCCUUGAAGACAACAAUGAUACUGAAACCAAAGACAACAGUGUUGAAUCCACAACAAGAGAAGAGACCUCACAGUUUGUUACCAUUACUCCUGAACCUAUAGUUAAAGAGAAAACAGACUCUGAGGCCUCUGACUUUGGAGAAACCGCUUCUCCUUCAGACAUGAACAAAACAAAGGUGCAAGCUGUGGAAUCAGGCGUAAAAAGUCAAGGUCCCUCUAAACGAGGGGUUAAAGGAGCAACAGAAAGUCAGCAUACCGCAGAACAUGGAACAAAGCCCUCAUCCACUGCAGCGGGAAGUAGGGUCAAGAAUGUCACAAGAAAAGCUAAAGGGUUCAUAGAGGUCACAAAAAUGGAAACUUCCACUGAUCAUCCACCACAAAGGGAGCAUAGUAGUGAGAAAACUGUGAUUCCAGUACUAAAAGAUCAAAGCAUCUGUAGUGUCUCAAAUGUAACAGGUGCAAAGUCUAAAAUCCCUAAAAGGUCAGCAUCUGAAAGUGAACCGAAAUCUCCAGUGACUCCUGAUAAAACCUCUUUGCCUGAUGUUUCAGGGUCAGCAGUUAUUUCAAAACUGCAAAAACAACCUAGAUCCAAAGAACCUGUAAAACCGCCACCCAAACCUGUCAGGAAAUCGAGUUUGGAGGACACUAAAGUUGGGAGGUCUGCUUCGGGAAUUGUUUCUCCGACAAAAACCGUCUACAGGACAGGAAUAAAACUCACAAGGGAAAAGUCAAGCGAGAACUUCAAGUCUGUAAACCUUGUGAACGACACGGUAAGGGAGCRCGAGCAGAGAAACUUGCAAACGGCUGACAGGGAAAGUGCUGACGUCAAAAAACAGCAGCUGAACCAUCUGGAGAACAAUGCUGCUUCUGCAUCAAAGAGCCGCUUACCUGUUUCAUCUCCAACAAAAAAGAGGAGCGAUGAUAUAACUCAGACAAGUUGCAACAACUAUAAAAAAGCUUUGUCCAGUCAGACAGACUUAGACAAGGCUGAAACAAGCCAGAACCAAAGUCUAGAACAACAGGAUGUAACUCCUGAUAAUGAGGGCCCUGAAAGCAAGACAACUACCACGCUCCCAGAAAGUCCUAAGAAARGAACAGGAAGCACAGUGGUACUGAAGUCAUCAAAACACCUCUCUAAAAGAAGCACAAGCCAUGAAGAGAGUGACACUUCGACCCCAGUUACCUCUCCCUCUCCCACCAAAGAGAAAACUGUAUUUUCAAGGUUCUCCAAGCAGAAUGACAACAUCAAACCACAUAACAAAUGGACUGGAAAGGAUUCAUCUGAGGCCUUGUCAUCUGGGAGCAAGCUGCCCACAAGGGGUCAAAGAAGCUCAUACAAAGGAAAACCAAAAAAUCAGCAAGAAUCCGCCAAAUCCGAGGACUCGAAUCCUAACACAACUACAGAGACCGCUGUCAAAGCUAAAUUUCCUGCCACAGCAGAGAAAAUGAAGAAUAGCGACAACAGGUUUAAGAUCAAACUGAAAGAAGAGAAAGACACAGAGGGUUUAGAGGUGAGCAUUGGUAAUACAACACCUGGAGAGAAAUCAGAAAUCCAGCCACUCCAAAAUAGUGAUGCAAACAUCAUGGACAAUUCUCURGUAAAACUUUCAGCAGCUACAUACUCUAUAACGGAGACAAUGCAGCUCAGUGAUGCUGACAACGAAAAAUCAUCUCAGUCACAUGUUAYAGACAUAAAUAAUGCUGAAACUGAAGGAGGAGGGGUGAGUGCCAGACACACAAAAGAUGAGAUUCAAUCAGAAAAGUGUUACAUUCAGACUGAUAAAACACAGAGGCAAGAAACACUGUUAUCAUCAACAACUUCCCCUGGAAUAAAAGACAAAGACAUAUUAGAGGAGCUAACAAGUAACRCAACACCUGAAUUAAGCCAGGUGCAGAAAAUCACUGCAGCUCUGUCCUUGGAAACAACUCACAAAGACGUAACCGAUAUGUCAGCCAAACCUGGGUUGGAUGAUGGCAUUUCCUCUGACAUAACAACCUGUUCUAACCAGGAAGGGGUUUCAAUUUGUAGCAGACCCUGUAAAGAUAAAAACACAGACACUUCCAUUUCAGAAGGAAGAGAUGGUUUGUCAGCUUUUCUGACCUCAGAAGGCAGAUAUACUGAACCACGAGAUUCACACUCACACAUUCUCCCUGCAGCAUUGAAUAAUGCUACAGCUGUCAAUGCAGAAGACAUUUUGAAGGUUGAAACCAYAGAAAAAAAUGACAGCCUGUCCCAGAAAUUAGUGUUGGAUGCAGUAAAAGAUUUUGACUUGCAGGAGCAAAGUAAAGGGGAGGUUGGCUGGAAACCAGCUGAGGCUUUGGACRUUGAAACAGAGACUGUAACUGUUUGUGAAUUUCCCAAGAAUGUUGAAAAUCAGUCAGACAAAGAGGCCCUUUUAAAAGAGUCUGUGUGUAGGGAGUCCAAACCAGACAAAACACUUAAUAACGCAGCAACAGAAAGCACAGACUCAAAGAAAAGUAGCACAGAGGAGCUSAAAAACAGAGCUGUGGAGGGUGAAGGACUUACAACUUCAGACAAAGCAGUGAGGCCAUCGUCAGAAGAAAAGGGCUUACAGCCUGAAACUAAAGUGGAACCAGAGGUAGUAGCUAAAAACAAGUUGGAAGGAAAGGAGGCAGAGCUAGCAAAGAGUGAAAAAACUGCUAGAGAACAGCAGAUCGUCUUACAAGGAACAACAGAGAGUGGUGUUAGGAAUACAAAUGSACCUGAGCAGCAGUCAAAGGUCCUGUUGCUUAAAGAUGAGGAGGAAACCAAACAACACUUAAACAAAGAAGUUGAGGAUAACUACAAAGAUGCUGAUAAAGUAAAAGACAGAGCAUAUCCAGAAAUAUCAGUCACUGACACAAAAAUAUCCAGUGCUAAAUCUGAAGAGGACAAUAACAAAAAAGAGGAGAUGUCAACUGCCAGAGACCAAUCAGCAGAGUCCAAAUGUCUAAAAGUUCACCUGGGAAAUAAACUUGAUCCAACACAAGCUCUAAAUGUUUUAAACCUAGUAUCUCAGAGUGCUGAAUGUAUGGAUAGUAACACAAAAGCAAAUGAGUCACAGUUGAUGUGUUCAGAGAGUAAGACAAAAGUUUCAAACAGUGAUACUCAGUCUGGAUCACAGUUGGAGUAUAAGACUGUAGGUGCUUUGCCUCAAGAUGUUGACACAAAAGAUCACGACAGACAUUUGAAUCAUGAAAAAGAGAUAAGGAAUGAAGAAGAAAAAACCAUGGGGACUGAAAAACUUGAUCCAGCUCUUAAAGAAAACUCGCAAACUGAAGGAAGCAAAGAGUCAGUUGAAGCCAAAGAGUCCGCAGAAGAUUUGAGGAAUGGACAUCCAGUUGCUCUCAGUGAGGAAAGCCUGCAGCAAGUCCAAAUGAUAAAAACAGUUAGCACUAACAAUGAAAAAGUAACAGUAUCAAAGUGUUCAAAAUCUGCCAUAAAUAAGAAAUCAAAAACAGACGCGCCAGAGGAAGCAACAGAAAGUCAGUUUCAGGAGUUAAAAAUUACAACCACCACAGGUCAGAGUGCUGAUGGGGCCGACUCUAAAACAAAGGAUGUAUCAGAGGACAGUUUGGUGAAUGUGUCAACAGCUGCAACCAUUACAAAGAAAACUGAAUUUGUUCAAGACCUAAUAAAAGCAGACAAAGGCAUGCUGACAGAGUCUGCAUCUCUGAAUCAAAAAGCASAAGAGUCAAAGACUGUAAGCAUGGAAGUUCAAAAGAAUAAAUCAGAAAAGCAGGUACAGGAGACAACUCAAGUUCCUGACACAACAGGCACUUACAACAAAGAGACGAAUCAAAUCAAAGAUUCAUCUUUAGGACGUUUGGUGAAUGAGACAGCAGCGCUAGAUAAUAAAAAAGUUUGCAACGAAAAGGUGGAGAAAAUCAUAACUGCUGCUGAACAAGAAGUGGACAAAAUAACGCCAAACUUGCAAGAAUUGGCAGAGUGUGACCUUCGUAGUCAUACAUCAAAACAAGAACCACACACUGAAGAUGCUGUAGUUCAAAAGAAGAAGUCAGAGAAGCAGUUAUUCGAGACCACUCAAGUUCCUGACGCAACAAGUACUUCCAACAAAGAGACUAAAGAGAGAGCUGAAGACAGAGAUUCACCAACUAUGGUUAAUGUUUGUGAGGAUACCACAGUGGAACCAGCUCAAAAACCUACAAAAUCAAACACUCACUUGAAACUGAAUCUAGAAACUGUGGGAGUGGAAACUCUAGAAGAGAAUAAAGCGAGUCAAACUCAAGAGAUAAAAGUUGUAACCACUAUAAACCAGGGCGCCAAAGAAACUAAACACAUCCCUAAAACAAUGAAAGCAUCAGUGGGCAGUUUGGUGAAGGAUUCAGGAGCUGUUAAUAUAACUAGUGGACUUGAAAUUCAGCAAGUUGAAAAGCCUAUGACUCCUGAAGAUCAAGAAAGCAACUUAAAACCAGAACAAGACAAAUUAGCCAUGUCUAAACCAGAAAUUGUAAGAGCUGAUGUUCAAGAGAAGAUAGAAGARAGACAGAGUGUGGAUACCUCCCAAGAUUCUAACUCUGGAUAUAAAAGCACCAAAGGCACAGAGGAAAAGACUCAAGUUGAGGAUUCUUCUUUAGUGGGCUUAGUGACUGAGAAAACAGCAGGUUAUAUUAGUGAAGUAAACAACAAACAGGUACAGUCCAAAACUUUACAAGAACAAGAUGUGGUCACAAUAAGACCAGAUCAAGAGUCUAAACGUUCAACUCUUGACCUGCAAGAUAGACUGAAGUCUGUGAGAACGGACACUACAGAUGAGACGACAGAGACAAAACCUACAGUCACUAUAAGUCAAACAAUGGAGACRUCAGAAGACAGUUUGUUGAAUGUGAUGACAACAGCAAACACUUCAAGCAAAGUUGGAAUGAUUCAAGAUUCAAAACCCAAACUUUCUGGAAACCAAGGUACAGACAAUAUAAACUUAGACCAAAACACAUCAGCAGAGUCUAAAUGUCAAAGUCAAACAUCAGAACAAGARCUACAGGCUGUAAGAUCUGACGUUACAGAGAAAACAACAGAGCUGCCGAGGGUGGAUGUAACUCAAAGGCCUAGCACUGUAAACGCUUCCAGUGAAUGUCCAAAAGAAAUGCCUGAAGUCRUGGAGUCAUCUAACACGUGUUUGGUUAAUAAGACAGGGACCACAGAGCCGAUCCAGAGUUUUAAAACUAAUACAGACAUAACAAAACCAGACCAUAGCAAAGUGGCAAAUUCUAAAGAUCCAAAUACUGACAUGAAAGAAAAACCAGAAACUGCAAGAACAAAACYCCCUAAAGAAGCAGCAGAGACUCAAAUUCAAGAGCUACAAAUUAAAAGCUYCGCGGUUCAAAAUGUUGAGGAAGCUAAAGAAAACUCAGAAGCCAAAGUGUCAUUAAUAGAAAAUUUGGGGAAUAAAAUUGUGACUCUAGCAAGUGCCACUGACUCUAAAGCUCUUGAUGUUAAAGAACGUGAGACCAAGACUUCAGUUACAGAUGUUCAGGAAAAGACAACACGUAUUGCUGAAUUAGUCUCUGGUAAUAAUAAUGCUAAUGUGACUGAUGCAGAACAAAAAACAAAAAGCCUGAUUAAGAUUGGAGCUGAACUUAAAACCAAUGUGAUUGAUGAGGAUCGGCAGUUAAAAGUGUCAAAGGUAGAUGUCAAGAAAAAGCUGGAAUCCAAACUACAAGAGAAAAAAAUGAUGCCAAUGUUUGACAAGCUUUUGUCUCUUUCUGCCCCAUCCAACCCAUCCUCUCAACCUCAAGGUUUUCAGCUAAACACAGACUCUCCAUCUUGCUGGUUAGAUGUGGAGCACCAUCAGAAAAAGAAGAAGGAAAGCAAARGCAGAACAAGAGCAUCAAAAAGCAUAGAUGAGUCUCUUGACCCUGAUGACAUUGAUGAUUUUCUUAAGAUUGUUAAGAAAGGAGGAAUUCCUUUUUCAGUGCCACUAAAGAAGCGCGUUUGCAAAAAGCCCCAGCCUCAGCCUUCUGUCAUGCCRGCCAUCAGGGAGGACCAUUUUGAGCGAACAUUUGAUCCGGAGGGAUUCCAAUUUGGCUUAAGAAAAAAUGACAAAAAAAUGGAUCUUUCACCAGCCAUGGUGAUAAAACAAAAAGCAGCGGAGAGGGAAGAACAAAACCUGGAAAAACAGUCUCAAGAAAAUGGCACCUCAACAUACCAAACAAACUCAAUCAAGGUAGACAAACAAAACGGGGUCAAAGAGGAGACCCAAGUUGAGGCAGGAAGAGUAGAGGGUCAAAACAAUGAGCCUGGAAAAAUGACAUCAAGACUUGAAAGGAUGUCUAUUCUCUCUAGUUUGAGAAGUUCCCCUCGAAUCUCCAGGAAGACCAGAGAGGAAGUUACCUCUGCCUCAAAUACUACCGCUUCUUCCAACCAGCAGCAAGACAUGCCCUCUUUUCAACGGGUGGGGGCUAUUGACUUACCUUUGCCUGCUGUCAGAGCUGAUAACAGGGGUGUAAAAGGUACGGAUCAAGGCUCAGUUACAGGAGGUGGGACAAAAUCAGCUAGUGAGUCAGCAAUUAGCCCCUCCUCUCCUCCUCCUCUACCUACACUCUCAGAGACAAAACUCUCUGAGCWUUUAGAGAAACACCUCAUGAAGGACAAAGAAGAAAAACAGAAAGAGACACCCCAGGCCUCUACACAAACCAACCUAAAUUCUGCUGCAAUUGAACAAAGGUUAGCAACGAAUAUGUCCAUUGUGGAUGUGACCCGAAAGGAACAGAAAUCAGUAACAGAUCUACCUAUCAUGGAUGUGGCCCAAAAGGAAGAGACUCUACUGACAAAUUUAUCUAUUGUGGAUGUGACCCGAAAGGAACAGAAAUCAGUAACAGGUCCUCAUACCAUGGAUGUGGCCCAAAAAGAAGAGACUCUACUGACAAGUCGGUCUAUUGUGGAUGUGGCCCAAAAGGAACAGAAGCCAGUAAAAGAUCUACAUAUCAUGGAUGUUGUCCAAAAGGAACAGAAGUUACCAACAGAUCUAUCUAAUGUGGAUGUUGUAAUGAAGAAACCAUCAGGAUUACAUCCAACAACAAACUACAGCCAGACAGUCUCUCAAAUCGGACUUUCUACCACCAAAACUAAGACACCUGUUGUAAGAGGGUACCACAAAAGACCUGGAAAGAUUGUCAUACAUGAACAAGCACAGUUUGGUGGAGAGGCGUAUGAGAUUUAUGGAGAUGUGGAGGAUUCGUCACUGAUGAAGCUGUCUCCUGUAAUAUCAGUCAAAGUCGUCCGAGGAGGCUGGCUCCUCUAUGAGAAACCUGGCUUUCAGGGGCGUGUCAUCGCUCUGGAGGAAGGUCCAUCAGAACAGAUCGUGAACAUGUGGGCAGAGGAGGGAACUCCAGAGACGCUGAACGAACUGGGUCAGUCGGUUCCAACAGCACCGCUGGUCAUAGGUUCUAUUCGACUAGCAGUCAGAGAUUACAGCGUUCCCCGAAUCGACCUGUAUGCAGAGGUGAACGGGAUGGGCAGAAUGUYAUCUUACUGUGACGACGCCAUAGAGCUCAGCUCCUACGGGAUCCCUCAGACCACUGGCUCCAUCAAAGUUCACUCUGGAGUAUGGCUAGUGUUUUCUGAUCCAGGCUAUGAAGGCUUACUGGGAGUUCUGGAGGUUGGAGAGUUUCCCUGUCCAGAGAGCUGGGGUUUCCCCGAACCUUUCAUCGGCUCUCUCAGACCCCUCCGAAUGGGAGCAAUAAAGGUGGAGCAUCCAACUGAYGUUAAGGCUCUUGUGUUCGAGAAGCCCAACUUUGAAGGAGAGUGUUUAGAGCUGGACAGCGACGUCUACAGCUUGUUGGAACAGGAAGUAAGCGGAACAGACGUCGAGAAGACAACACUUUCCACAGUUGGCUCGAUGAAGAUACUUGGUGGUCUCUGGGUGGGCUAUCAGGAGGCAGACUUUGAAGGCCAGCAGUACAUCCUGGAGGAAGGGGAGUAUCCUCACUGCAGUGAGUGGGGGGGAUCAGAGGACGGGCUUCAGUCACUGCGGCCUGUAGUCGGAGAUUUCCAGUCCCCUCACCUCAAACUGUUCAGCGAGCCCAACUUUAAYGGGCGAGGGAUUCAUGUAGAUCUGAUGGGUCACGUCCUCAACAUGGAAGACAUCAAUCGCAGCAGCAAAACCCAGUCGGUCGACGUCACCGGGGGAGUCUGGGUGGCGUUCGAACACCCUGGGUUCAGUGGCGAGCUCUACGUUCUGGAGAGAGGCAUGUACUCAAACCCAGAGGACUGGGGAGCGCAGAACUUCAAAAUCUCCUCCAUACAGCCUGUUUUCCAUGAUAUGCUGUCAGGAACAACCAAGUUUAAGGUUAAGCUUUACUCUGAACCGGACUUUCAAGGCAAGCUGCUGGUUCUGGAAGACAGUGCAGAAGUUCUGGAUGACGACUUUACUCCCAGAUCUUGUAAAGUUCUGGCCGGCAGCUGGGUGGCGUAUGAAGGAGCCCAGUUUACAGAGAACAUGUACGUCCUCGAGGAAGGAUGCUACCCAAACACUGAGGCUAUGGGUCUCCUGUCGUCAGACUCCAACAUUCGAUCCAUGCAGAUCACCGGAUGUGAGUUCUCUCUGCCCUCCAUCGCUUUGUUCAGCAAAGUGGGCUGCAGGGGUCGCAAGACUGUGCUGAACGCAGAGGCUGUAAACCAGCUGAAGGCAGGAAGGAACGCUCAAAUACGCUCCCUGGUGGUGGAGGGAGGAAUGUGGGUGUUGUAUGAAAAUAACAACUACAGAGGUCGACAGCUGCUUGUCCAGCCAGGAGAAGUGGGAGAUUUGCAYCAGUAUUACGGCUGGCAACAGAUAGGAUCUCUUCGUCCACUGGGGCUGAAACCAAUGUACUUCCAUCUGCAGAACAAAGAGUCGGGGUGUCUGAUGUCUCUGACAGGAACAAUAGAUGACAUCAAGCUGAUGAGGGUCCAGGCCGUGGAGGAGACRGGAGGAAUAGAGCAGAUCUGGUUCUAUCGGAACGGACUGAUCACCUGCAAGCUGUUGGAAGACUGUUUCCUGGAGACUGCAGGUAACGUGUUGAUGUCGGGCACUCGGCUUUGUGUCUCCCCUGAGCGCGGCAAAGAGAACCAGCUGUGGAGCAUCACCCAGGACGGUCUGGUCCGCUGCUCCCUCGACCCUGAGCUGGUCCUGGAGGUCAAAGGUGGUCAUCAGUACGACAAGAACCAGGUGAUCCUCAACACUUUGGAUGAACRCAAACUGAGCCAGAGGUGGAUGCUGGAAAUCCUGUGAUCUGAGGAGGAAGCUGACUGAUUCCCAUGAUGCACCUCUGUCAGGAGACUGAGCCUUGUGAUGCAGCUCCACGGUAGAGCCCACACCAGAGAUGGACUCUGCCGUGGAUUUAAAAAAAAUUUUUUUCUUCUUUAUUCUCAAGGAGGAAUUUUAUUUUUUUUUUUAACAAAUAAUGUAAAAUGUUCUAUUUUUAUCCACCUGAUUGUCAAACACUUCAUACCAAAGACUGUUUUCUUUCCACAUAAUGAAAACUCUGCCCUGUUUCAAUGCUGCAUACGUUCCUUACAAUACGGUACAUUUUAUCCUAAGGUUCCACUCUCUGGUUUCUUCUUCUUUACACAAAUCUGAGUGUCGAAAACACAAAUUCAGAUGCAGUGGAAAGUUUGGCAGRCCUACACUCCAAAUAUGUAGGUCUUCUUUUAGCAGAUCAAAAUGAUCUAUUGUAAAGUUUUGAUAUUUCUAUAAGAGUUUCUGUUUUGUCAUAAACUGUGCUUYUCUUUCAGAUGUACAUACGGUAAGCCUGGAAUGUACAGAUUGAGCUGAAAUAAAAAAAAACACAACUGCAAUAACAAUGCUGCCCUCUGGUAGUUGUAAAUAAUCAAGCAAACUGUUACAUAAAAAUACAUAAUAAAAAAAGUCAUUUUCA